AUGUCGCUUCAAGAUACAAUGGACAGCGGAAACGAGACCGGAGUAAGCAACCCAGCGAGUGACGAAGAGCAAUACUUUGAGAGUGGAUCCGAGCACGAUGACGGCCGAAACGAAGAAACGAACGAAGCACCGCCCAGUAGGAUCAAGGACCAACGGCAGGAAGCGAACGAAAUCGCGAGGCACAAGAGAGACUUCAUUGAUCGAAUUUCCAACAAAAUGAAUGGGGCGAGCAGACGAAGCUCUAUACGACCUAUAAGGAGUACCUCGGCCCAUUGGCAAAACGUUGCCAAUUACCUCUCAGGAGCGCUCAAGAACAUCCUUCACUGGAUGGUUGAGAAUAGUCAAAAGGACCAGGAGCACGCGGGUGCUUGGGCUAUAGGCCGUCUUGCCAGUGAUUACCCCAAACUGCUCGAGGAAGAUAAGGGGGUGGAAGCUCUAUGCACUGCUGUGAGCAACAAGCAUGUCUGGUUUCUGAAAAGAAUCCUCGCGAGCGAUGUUCUGGUAGACACGCUACAGCGGGCCCUAGGUCCUACUGCUUUGGACGGUCAAAUACUAAGUGUCGGAGACAGUAAAUCGAAUUGCAUCAUUGCGGCUGUGAAAGGAGGGCUGGAUUUCGAUGUUACCAUGCAGCUUAUCAAGAUAGCCUCCAGGCACACACUUGAAGCUCACGACAGUCAUGGCAGGACAGCUUUGCACUACGCUGUAGACGGUAAGCGAUGCAAUGCUGGCCAAAUCAAGGUAAUCGAGGCCUUGUUAGAGCGCGGUGAAGGGGCCUUGGAUCAAUACGAUAACAGUGGCAAGUCCGUCUUUGAAUACCAUCUCUCCACGCGGAGAGGGUCGCAUAAAAAGAAGAGCUCGAGUUUCGCCAAAGUGAGCCACCGCACUAGAGGGCUUGAUGAUUCUGGCAGAGCUGGUAGAUCUCUACCCAACAUAGAGCUUGAUAUUGAGAGCAAGCAAAGGGACUAUCAGUCCGUUCUUAGAUUGGAAGAGACCGGGAAAGAGCGUGACCUUCUUUCGCCGGUCAAGGAGAAAGACACCACUUGGACUGACGGUAGUCACAUUCUCCUGAUGGCGAAGCCGAGACGCCGACCAACGUUUCAGCCAGAGGACGCUCUUUCCCGCGCCAGCUCAAGAGCAUGUCAGCCUCUGCCGAACGAGGGCCGUCACCGAUCAGACCAUCGGCGUGCCACAAGCCCAUCAAGGGACACGAAACCGAGCAAGAGCAAGAAGAAAGUCCAAGAUCCAGGCGAUCGGCCCAGCAUCUACUGGGAGAAAGUCGCCGAUUUGCUGAAGCUUCACUUUCUUCGGAGCACCUUUGUUCCCAGCAAGGCCAAUACAGGGUAUCCGAAGCGCAGACACAAUGAUGCAGAGAGGUUCUUGUUUGGGAAUAAUCCUGACAACAAAUCUCUCUGCUUCAGUUUCCCACCGACCGCGCGUAAAUCAGUAACGAUCGACUUUGAAGACUUCAAACAAGGCUACAGCAGCAUGUCGUUUGACAGGACUCUUCAGUACGUGAACUUCGGACGGUUCGACCUUGCUGAGCCGGACAAAGGCCCUCGAAUCGUGCGAAACCGAGCGACCGGAAGAGGUGACCUGGGCAAGUUCUUCGGCUGGCUGCAGGAAAAGCAGGUAAGGUACAUAAUCAAGGUCAUGGUAGCCGAAGACAGCAAGCGGCCACACAGCGACGAGGCAAUCAUCAAAGCGCUCAAGCCUUUCCAAGUGGAGAUACUCGACUGGCAAAAGCUCGACCUGUGCCCCGCUGUUCUGCAGGAAGUGGGUAAAGAUUGGAGCAACCUUCAUGAGAUUCAUCUACGCUGGAGCGGCAGCAACGUUGUCCUCCGGGCUUGGAGUGAGCCAGAGGGGCUGGCGAUGCUGAAACAUCUUACCACUGUCCAUAUCUAUGAAGCCGAGGUGGGUCUAUCCCUUUCAUUUCCUGCAUGGUGA